GUUUUCGACUACAUUUACCUAAACCGCUGUCAUUGAGAAACAUGGCUGCCUCCACGGGUGCUACUAACGCUGCUGCCUCCGACCCACAAGGUCCAGCUUCGGCUGGUCCCAGUAUGGACAGCCCAGUGUUUCAGUACAGUAUGAUUCUGGACCAUCUCAUCGGAGACAAAAGAGCCGUUAAGGACCUGAAUCCUGGCGUUAUGGGGGGACUGCCGGUGCCUCCUAAAAGCGACGAGCAGAAAAUGAUCGAGAGGGGAAUGGAGAGCUGCGCCUUCAAGUCGCUUCUGGCCUGUGUUGGAGGGUUUGUCCUUGGAGGAGCUUUUGGUGUUUUCACUGCUGGUAUCGAUACCAAUGUUGGCUUCGACCCUAAAGACCCGUUGAGAACUCCUACUGCACGAGAAGUCCUUAAAGACAUGGGCCAGAGGGGCAUGUCGUACGCCAAGAAUUUUGCCAUCGUGGGUGCCAUGUUUUCCUGUACAGAGUGCAUCAUAGAAUCACACAGAGGCAAAUCUGACUGGAAGAACGCAGUGUACAGCGGCUGUGUAACUGGAGGAGCCAUUGGAUUUCGUGCUGGUCUCAAGGCUGGGGUGCUGGGAUGUGGAGGCUUUGCUGCAUUCUCAGCUGCCAUUGAAUAUUAUUUGCGAUGAACCGCUAAACGGUGGCUCUGUGAACAAGAACUUAAUUGAUGCACAUCUGGACCAGAAAUCCUUGUGAAUAUUUACUCUCACAUGGAGGACUGCUGUUAAAGAAGAACAGAAGUAUAUGGUGGAAGUGGCAGAUUCCUGUGGGGUUAAGUGAUGGCGCAGUGGGCUGAAAAGGACCUUUAUGUAUUUCCCAGUGUCUCGUUAUUUUUUUUAGCAGUUUGAGCAAAGCAAAGCAACAUGAUGUGGAGAAUCUUGAGAAAGUGGGUCUGCUCCUGUGCUGAAGGUAUCGUGUUGAACACAAGCUGCCUUCAGGCUGAGUCGAGACCACCUCAGAUCAGACUCAGAUACAUGCUGUUCAAGUUGCAUCACAUUGGCGUGAUGCGUCAGUAACUAAUCCGCAUCAGGAUUAUUUAAAUUAAACAUGCUUGUUUUUUUGUUAACUUGCGCAUUCAGGAUGUUUUUUCUUGAUGAAGUUUACACAUGUCCAUGACCACAACACUGUAAAGUGAUUUUUAAGAGCAACUUUAACUCAAGUUUAAAUUUCUGUGAUCUAUAUAAAU